AUGCUUAAUCCGGAAUGGAUGGUCUGCGAUGACCAUCACCGAUCCGAACCAUCCCAUAAUAGCAAGGAACCAAAAGAUGAGGAUGAAGAUGUGCUUGAUCAGUUCAAGAAGCUUUUGAGAUAUUCCAGAAACUCAAGUAAGCAUAAUUUCAGCAGACAUAUGGCCAAGACUGAGAAUUCAAACAAGUUUUUGUGGGUGAAACCCCAACAGACCUCGGAGUGGUUCAACUCUGUUGCUUCUCUGAUGAUAAAACGAUUGAAUAUGGGAAAAUCAGUGACCCAAAUUCGUCCUCACUUCUUAACGAGCCUGCUAGGUCCUUCUGGGAUUUCCCAUUUCGCAAUUUCCAACAAUCACUCUGCCGAGAUUCUCUGCUCGAGGAUUACCGAGUCCCUGAAAAAUAACAAACCCCAAACCAUCGUGUUGCUCGGGAGGACCAAAGAAGAAAGAAUUGAUGUAAUCAUCAAGACUUUGGACAAACUAUUCUUCGAGUGCACGUCUCGAAAGAACACCGAAGAUCUAAACAAAAGUCCACAAACAAGAGAAAUCGAAGGAAUAUCUUGUUUUUCUAGGUGCAUUCUUUCCGAACAAUUAUGCCUCUUGUACAAACUCGGAUCCAGUAGAUAUGUAUCAUCAUCAUACGAAAUGAUUAAACCGGGUUUUGGAUUCAAUAUAACUCUCACGUUCAAACGAGGUGACAGUACUAACAUGAACCAGGUCAGCAGUUCAAUAAUUGAUUUUGAUAUUGCAGCAUAUUUAUUCAAUCGAUAUGAAAUGGAGUACGUGCUGAGAAGAAAAACGAAUCCCUAUCAAAGUUCUGUUCGCCUAAUACUGGAACAUUUCGAAAUAUUUAAAGAUUUACUAUGUGCUCCAACCAAGAUGAUUGAGCCGCUUCUUGGUCAUACGUUCAUUGGACUGAAGCAUUUCAGCUUCAUUGAGUCAAUGAAAAAAGAAAUUUCAAACGCGGAAGCCAAAUUUUAUGAUUUGCUCAAAAAUGUGAAAAGAGCUCUCAAAUGUUCUACAAGAGAAAUUAAUGCUUUUUUGAGGGGCCUUUCAAUUGUAUUACUACUCAUCGAUAUUGAUGACAGCUCUUCAGUAGAUGUAUUCAAGGAAGGGUUAAGAAUGGAAAUGGAAAGACAUAUUGAAACAUUCGACAGCGAAUUACUUGAGCAUUUAUGUGACAUUCUCCAAAUGGAACGAUUUGAGGUUUUAAAAAAUAUGAAUUUAAUGAUUAACGGCAAGGUGUCUUUACCAGGAGCUUUCAACAGUUGCAUGAACUUUGCAUGUGUUGUUUUCGAAGCAAUUUUCAGAUGGGUUGUGGAAAAAGGACAUCUCGCUUCAAAAUCCUUCACGAAUAUUGAAGCUGAAGAUGAACUUGAGACAGAUCAGCUCUCUGCUGUACAUAUAAUUAGCUUACCUGAACUCGUCAACGACAAUUCUUUGCAUUAUUUUGGUGAUUUAUGGUGCAACGUUAGCAGCGAGCAUUUAUACUCAUGGGCCUUGCAAUAUCUUAUCGAAGACAUUUCAUCAAUUCAUACUAGAGAAGGAUACAAAUUGACCGACCCUCUGGUAGAUGUUAUUGAGAAAUCUCCAAGCAGAGAGAUUAUAGACUUUUUAUUUGGAAGUCAAGGAAUAUUAUGUUCAUUUCCUUCUUUGUCUCAACAAUCAGAUUAUCAAGAAAAUCAUGAAGCCCUCGAAAACGUUAUUCAAUACUUCAGAAAUAAUUCGUACUAUGGAUUGAGUUGUGUGAAUAUAUCCAAAUCUGACGAGGAUAAGCUUAUCAUUGACCACUCAUUCGGAAGAUUUGAAUACAGCAUAGAUGCUGUGUUUCCACCAGCUGUGAGUGAAGCUUCCCAGUAUCAAAUAAUUCGGAAUGGAAUACCUUAUGUUGACAUUAGUGAGACUCAUAAGGAGUUUUUAUCGAACAUGAAACAAUUAUUAAGCUCCACGGCCUUAAAUGCAGAGCCCACCUUCCUUACAUUUUGUUAUAUGAAUGCCACCAUCCCACCUGAAGGGCAAUGUGUAGAGUCCUCAUUUUCUAAUUUGACGUCACAAAUUGCAUGUAGUGUGUUGUCAUUUGUAGCAGAAACUAACGAGAAAUCGUUUGAUUAUGUUCUCUCUCCUACUACAUUUUGGAAGUCUUUCGGUAGUCUAACAUUCAAACUGUACUUUUCAAAUGACAACAACAUUGAUAACAAACGAAAGGACAUUCUAACACUGGCAACAAAAAUUUUACAGCAUUAUCUUGGUUCUAAUCAUAAUGCUAAUGAAAAGUUGUCCUAUUUUGUUGGAAAAUAUAACAUUUUAAUGAAAAAAGAUGCCUAUGAUUUGCUUAGGAAAAAGGUACUUCAAAUUAUGGAGGAGGCUGCACUAGUAAUUCAAAGGCAAUGGAGAUUAUCUACUAUUAGACGACAGAUAUGUAAAUCUCUUAAAGAGUUAAUAUCGAAGGAAAAAGAUUCUCUGCAAAAGAAUGUUGCAACUGGAGCUCCAUCUGAAAAUUCUCAGCCUAAUAUCAUAACAACUGUACAUGAUACACACAACGCACUACCACAACCGACCCCUCUGAAAGAAAGAAAGAAAAAGAUGCAAAAGUCCUACGCGUAUAGUUUGAUGAAACGAAAGGAGAUUGCAAAACCUCAAAAAGCACAAAAAUCAUUAGUCAAUAAGAAAAAAUCAAUAUUUUCUGUCACAUCUAACAAACCUGAAUCAAGCAGCCAAGACGCUAUUGAGAGAGUGACAUUAAUUCAGGCGUUAAUUCGUGGAAAUUUAUUGAACAAUCAAUUCUCUAAGCUUAAAAGAUUGGCCAUGCUAAUCCAAUCAUUGUACAAAAAGAGGAAAAUUUUCGAAAUUGAAAAAGAGAUGCGUAAGCGAAAAUUUGAAGUCAUCAAAAGGAAAAACGAGCAAAAGAAGAAUGAGUUUGAAAGGCAAAAUCGAGCUGCGCUUACCAUCCAACAUGCAUGGAAAAUGUUCAAACAAAGGUAUUUUCACACACAAUUACUUGACGCUGUAAUCAUCAUUCAGAGAGCAUGGAGAGCGUACAAAACUCGAAAAACCAUCAAUUUGGUCCUCAUGAAGAACAAAGCCAAACGUCAGCAAGAAAAAAGAAGACUCGAUCUCGAAGAACGUGAAAGAAAGAUCAAAGAGGCUGAAACAAGAAUUGCCAAAUAUUCUCAGGAACUCGAGGAGAAACAAAAACUAUUGAAAGAAGAAGAAAACCGUUUCAUGAAAAAACAAAUGAUGGAAAGAAAACAAAAGGAAGAGAAACUGUGGGCAACAGUUUCUGAAAUCAGUAAUAGCUUACUACUCUCGCAUGGUAGUACCCUGAACAUGACUCAUAUCUCAUCUUCUGGAAGUAAUAUUAGCAGUAUGACGUCCUCUCAGGAUGAGCCAUCUCCUAAAAAGAAAACCUAUUCAGACUUUUUGAAAGAAACCUAUGGCAAUGCACCAGUGGUCAAGCUCAAAGAAAAGACUCCUAAAAUUGCAAAGCAACCAUUAUCUUCUUCCAAUAUCCCCUCCAAUGUUUCUCCAAAGAAAGAGGCAAAAACUCCAAAGAAUUCUUUUCGUCGAUUGAGUCUCAAUAAUAGUAGCGGUGGUGGUGGUAGGCAAAAGUCUCGACAACGAGAUGCAAGCACCUCCCCAAAACCUUCCAUUCCCAAACUUCCCCUUCAUAGGAUUCUCAAUGACAACACCACUCAUGACUCUGGAUUUUCCAUGAAGAAGCAACAUUUGAAACAUUCUGCCAAUGUUGCACCACCACCCACACAAGAAAGCAAGAAAAAGACAGAGGAUGGCUGGUUGUAUUGGCAGAAGGGUAUUGACGAGCUCAGCCAACUGUUCAGUCGCAAAUAA